CUCAGCCCACUUCUCUUCCUCUCAGUUAUUCAGCCCAAGGGCACUCUGGCUUCUCUCUUCUCCCCCUUCAAUGUCGCAUCAUGACGCUGAACAUCCAGCCGUGACUAAUGAACCAAAGUCAAAGGAGGCAACAAAGCCAGAGGGACCCGAGACCUCGAACGAAACUAAAGGAGAGAACAAGAAGAUGAAGCGCAAACGCAAGUUUAUUGGCUUCUCAGAGAGACGUGAGAUGAAGCGUCGGGAGCGGGAAAGCAAGCCUCGCCCCUGGAUUGAGCGGAAGAUUGUCGUGCCAUUCGUAAUUGGUAUCGCUGGGUAUGCUUGGUAUGUCUAUAUUGGACGAUUUUGUGUUCCGAUGAUUAGGAGGGAGAGGAAUGCGUUUGGUGGGAGGAGUAUGGGAGUCGUGUUCAUAAUUGUGUUUUGUUUAUUGGGAUUAAUGUUUUGGUGGUCGUAUAUGAAGCUGCUUUUUACACCGCCAGGGUUUGCAAGAGACUUUGUACAAAAGACUCCACCUCCACAAAGAUCAGAUCAAUUCGCUCCAGGUCGACGGACGACUCCAUCAGCCCACCGCUCGUGGGGGAAUGGCUCUGACUAUGAAGGGUCUGAUUACGAUGAAGAUGGAUUUAUUGGUGGCACUCCGUAUGCUGAAAUCUCACCUUCGUCAACAAACGAAGGCCCUUCACGACAACACCAACCUGUAGAUGUGGAGAAGCAGGCCGAGCUCAACGUUCGUACUGCUCCACAUCGACCUCCUGCUCCCGUCUCGCAGGCGUCUUCGUCGGUGAGACGGAAAGAUAGUGCGAGUCGGACGCCACUUGUAGUAUCCGACAGCAAAGGGAGGUAUGAAGUACGGCGAAGUAGCGGUGGCGAGCGCAGCACGGACGAGACGGCUGUCGAAAAACCAAAGUUGGGCGGCUCUCAAAGGAGAGGGUCAGAUGCACCACAACACCCUCUAGCAAAACAAGCAGAUCCAACAGGUACCUCAAACCCGAGGACAUCUCAACCUCCCCGGGCCGGGGGAAGUACGGAAGACGGCCUUCCGCCACCGAUGUAUUCGCGGCGACCACCAACAUAUCCGAGCUUGCUCCCAGAAUAUCAGUAUUGCCAUAAGGAUGGUUUGGUUAAGCCAAUGAGGACACAUCAUUGUAGAAUCUGUGGGACUUGUGUGCUAAUGUAUGAUCACCAUUGUCCAUGGGUCGGGCAGUGUGUCGGAGCACAUAAUCAUAAGUUUUUUGUCAACUUCCUUACCUGGAGUACCCCAUGGACGUUGUGGAUAUUUGCCACUUUAGUGGGCCUACAAGCUAAGAGAGACUCGAGAUCUGGCGCAGAUAUCGAUCCGCAAAUUGUUGUGAUCAUUGCUCUCUCUGCAUUAUUCUCGCUCUUUACGAGUGUUCUCCUCGGAGCACACAUCCACAUGAUCAUGCUCAACCAAACGAGCGUCGAAGGGUUGAUGAUGUCCAACAUGCGACAUCGCGAACACGCGAUUCUUGGACAGAUGGUUCCGUUAUGUGAUUGGCGGAGGUCUAACGUCCACAAACGACGAAAGGCGUUACGGAAAGAGUGGGAUACGGAGUGGGGGAAGCUGGAUACGGAGGGGAAUAUUUGGUGGUUGGAAAGUGCGGGUGAGAAUUGGAGGUAUAGGAUGGGGAGGAAUGUGUGGGGUUGGUUCUUACCUAUUGGGAAAAGUGAAGGCGAUGGACUUACGUAUCCACGAAAUCCACGAUUUGAUGAGGAUGGGCGGUGGAGGCGUCGGAGAGAUUGGCCUCCUGAGCUGCAAUAACGCCUUUUUUCCUUCAUGCUUUUUACCUUCAUGCUUUUAGAUCAAGAAGAGGAAUAUUUGUAGAAGAUUUACGAUGUAAUAAUGUGUUGGAUGAUUUCUAGCUAGC